GGUGGCCACGCCCUUUUCCAAUAGACUGCCUUUUCCUCAGUGGAGAGAGAAAGAUGGCGCCUACGCACGUCCUGAGAUGCUGUCAACGAGGCUUAGCAUGGAUACCUGUAAUAUUUAUCGCUCUGGUGGUUUGCUGGUCGUAUUAUGCGUAUGUAGUGCAGCUAUGUAUAUUCACCAUCUUAAAUAUCGGAGAAAAAAUCGUCUACUUGAUCUUCUUCCACCUCUCAUUCAUAAUGUUUGUAUGGUCUUAUUGGAAGACCAUCUUCACCAAACCUGCAAACCCCUCCAAAGAGUUCUGCUUACCCAAAGUGGAAAAAGAACGUUAUGAAAAGGAGGAGCGUCCAGAGUCUCAACAGGAGAUCUUGUGGCGUGUGGCAUCGACUCUGCCUCUUUACACACGCACAGGAGCAGGAGCCAUACGUUACUGUGAUCGCUGUCAAGUUAUCAAACCAGACAGAUGUCACCAUUGUUCCGCCUGCGACAUGUGUGUCUUGAAAAUGGAUCACCAUUGUCCCUGGGUAAACAACUGCGUCGGCUUCUCCAACUACAAGUUUUUCAUCCUUUUCUUGGCUUACUCGCUGGUCUACUGUUUGUUUAUUGCUGCCACAGUUCUACAGUAUUUCAUAAAAUUUUGGACAAACGAACUGCCAGACACUGCAACACAUGCCAAAUUCCACGUCUUAUUUCUGUUUUUUGUGGCAGCCAUGUUCUGCAUUAGCAUUUUGUCCCUCUUCAGCUACCAUCUGUGGCUUGUGGGGAAGAACAGAUCAACCAUAGAGGCAUUUAGAGCCCCCGUCUUCAGAACAGGCUCUGAUAAAAAUGGCUUUUCUCUUGGUUUCCGAAAGAACAUUGCUCAAGUAUUUGGAGACCAAAAGAAAUACUGGCUACUGCCUGUGUUCACGAGUCAGGGCGAUGGCCUGACGUUCCCUACGAGGCUGGUGAAUGCUGACGUAGAGCAAGCCACAGUCACCUUGCAACCAGAGCCCAAUAAAAUUGUUACUGAUGUUCCUGCUAGUCCACUCAGCGAAUCACAGAACCGGCUUUUGAGCGACGACCAGCACACCAAUCACAUAGAAGACCAUGUGUCCAAUAACUCCCCCAAAUCAGCAGGAAGUGAAACCGUUACAGUCACUAUGGAGAGUGAGUCCUAACCAGGCAAAGAUGAGCUUCUGAAAACGAUGAACUCCUCCUUCCUCUGAUGAUGCCUUAACCGACCGUUAAACAGUUUAGGCUGUUGCCAUGGUAACAGUCUCCCAGCGCACCAAAAGCCCCCGCCUCCUCCAGAGUAAUUAUGGGAAACGCAUCUGUCCUGAAACCUCACACCCACCACCUUGUCACAUUCACCAAACAUGUUUUUAUUUCACUCUUACUACUAAGAGCAUAUUACUGAAGCUAUUUGUGCCAAAAGUCGAUGCAAUGCACCCUUCUUAUAUUUUGCCUUUGAUACAAGGCUGUGGAACUUUUUAUAUUUUUUCCUCUUUAUUUUUUAAAGCUGUGCAUUCACAGGGAUAGUAAAUGUGAGGUGUUAUGCCAAUCUAAAACCUACUCUUCAGUAAGGUUUGUCUCUGUGGAUUUUAACUCACUGAGUUUUGGAUUGCAAAUUGGAUUAGAGCACAAGAUGGCGCUAUUGCACUUUGUAGUUUAUAAUUACCAUUACAACAAAUGCUGCUUUCAGCCUACCCAGCAUCACAGGUACAGUGGAUGUUGGAUGUGAUUUAUUCUGUUUUCAACUCUAUGUAUGCGAUUUUGUAAUGAGAAAGAAAAAUUACUAUCACAUGCUGCUUGAUAGACAUUUCACUUGGUGCAAUGCCUAACAUUUUUCCACUUUAGUUAAUUCUGUGCUUGACUCUCCCAUUAUUCCUCCACUGUCAGGUACAUCAGUGUUCACCAGGUUACCAAGACACCAAAAAAGGGCUUACCCAAAACUCUAGCCCUGAAGUGUUUACAGCAUCCUCACUUUGUCUUGCUGCCAAAUGUGUCAUCAAACCAAAUGGAUAAGUAGUUUGGAUGCCAUUUUUCUACAAGAUGUCAGCCCCUGCUUUCAUUGUGGGUCGUGAUGUCCUUGCAGUACUGGUGUUGGCCAGCAGAUGGUGACAAAACUUCAGCUGUUUCGAGAGUGUUAUGAGUGCUUUCAACGAGAAUCUCUGGGCUCAGUUUAAUUUCUGUUUCACUUAAUUUCUACCAGAAUCUGAAGUAUUUUAUACACUCAUUUAUAAAGUCUCUUCUAAUUGAAUGGUGGCUAAUUCAACCCACCUCUGAAACCACAUUUAUUAGAUGGAUCUAAUGUGACUGUGUACUGUUAAUACUUCUUAGUACUUGACAGUUUGUGUCUAUGUUAAACAUCUGGGAUGUGGUUGAGAUUUAAAGGGUUGAAAUGCCAAAACUAACAAAGAUUUCUAAUUCAGUUUUGGAAACUCAUUAUUUGUUCAAAUGAGACUGAGCCCGAUUCCUGAUGUCUCUCUACCUUCCCUCUGAUGUCGCUCACCCUUUGACCUUCCCGAUGUUUACAACUCUUUGUAUUGUGUCGAGUGAGCCAGUGGUGUUAGCUGUUGUUUAAUUGUUGUCACAGUUGUGCAGAAUGUACCUCAGCCUGAGAUAGAUGACAGCCUGCUUUUUAUUUGAUUUUUUCUAUUCUACACAUUUUUAUAACCAAAAUGUAUUAUAGUACUUUAUAAUGGCUGUUUUAAGUAUAUACAGUUUGUUUUAUGAGA